GCAGAAAAACCGGGGGGAUGGGGGAGGGGGGCAUGAAGAAAUUCCAAAUUUGUAGCAGUUGUUGUUAAUGUGUUGAAACAGGUUGCUCCAAAUAAAGUUCCAUCUUCACUAGUCAUGUUGUUUGGAGCUGGGCAUUGGAUUCAGAUAUAGCGGAAUGCGUCUGACACAAUUGAAUCAAAAUUUAACCAUAACUUAAAUUUAGACUUUUUACAUCAAAUCUAACUUUAUUAUUUUUAAUGUCUUUUGGAAAUUCAUUUGAGGUGCCAUUGUGGGACAUGGCCACAUGUCUCUCUCAUUCAAUUCAUAUAAGCUCAAUGCAAAAUAACUUUAAUCUCCUAGUAAGAGUCUGGAAAAAAGCAUCUUUAUCAUUCUACUUCAUAUUUGUUAUUCCUAUUUACACCAGUUCUGCAUUAUAUAUGUUAUUGGAGGUGAUUUUAUUGAAAUGUUAUGGUUUCACUUGAUAUAAAAUGUAUGCAUUACUUGAAACUUCACAAUUUGAAAUUAUGGCAAUUGUAUUGUAUUGAAUUAUAUUAUCAAACAGACAAACACUCAAACUUGAUGAUCACAUUGUAUGGGAAAUCUUUUGCUAUUAGUGCAAACUGUUUGAAAAUUUCAAAUAAGUGGCAUAGGAGGGUUUGAUUGGCAUUUUUAGCUGCUUUUCUCAACAUGGAUCUGGAAGAUAGGUUUCUUGUUAAAGUUUCAGGUAUUCAAAGUCUUUCUUCCAGUGUCCAGAGCACUCCAGAGAAAAAUGGAAAUUCAGAUGAUUCAUCCAGAAGUCCAGAUUCACUCCAAAAAUCCCUGAACUCCACUAUAGUGAAAGAUCUUUCUCAUCUAAGCUUCAAUAAGGAAAAGAAGAAAUUGGCUUCAUCAACGUUCAAAAUGAUCGAGCAUCCAGCAAAGGCAAGCAAGAAAAUGUUGAAGGGUCAGGAGCUAAAAAGGCCGUCUUCUAGCCCCAGAGAUCAUCAUCCUUCAAGAAAGCAGCAAAGGAAGGGCGAAAAUCCUGUCCGAAUACCUCCAGCCGCUGGCAAUUGUGCAGAUGUUAAAUGUUCAAAUUCAUGGAUCUGUAAAAACUCUGCUUGCCGAGCAACUAUUUCAAUGGAUGACACAUUCUGUAAGAGAUGCUCGUGCUGCAUCUGCCACUUGUUCGAUGAUAACAAGGACCCAAGUCUUUGGUUGGAAUGCACAUCAGAGUCUGGUCAAGGAGAAUCCUGUGGCUUAACUUGCCAUAUUGAGUGUGCUCUCCAGCGAGGAAAGGUAGGGGUUGUUGAGCUUGGACAACUUAUGCAGCUGGAUGGGAGCUACUGCUGUGCUUCGUGUGGCAAAGUUUCAGGAAUACUAAGAUACUGGAAGAAACAACUUAGCAUAGCAAAAGAUGCUCGUCGUGUUGAUAUCCUGUGUUACAGAAUAUACUUGAGUUACAGACUCCUAGAUGGAACUUCCAGAUUUAAAGAACUACAUGAAAUCAUUAUAGAAGCCAAAGCCAAAUUGGAAACGGAGGUGGGUCCGUUGGGCGGAGUUUCAGCAAAUAUGGCUCGAGGCAUUGUUAGCAGGCUUUCUGUUGCGGGUGAUGUGCAGUCUCUCUGCUCUCGUGCUAUUGAGAAAGCCGAUGAAUGGCUUGACACAAAGUCGAGCGUUGUCCCUAAUUGCAGAGAGGGUUCACUGCCAGCAGCCUGCAAAUUCCUUUUUGAGGAAGUGACGUCUUCUUCAGUGGUGAUUGUAUUGAUAGAGCUGUCGAGUUCAUCAUCGGAACGUGUCCAAGGCUACAAGCUUUGGUACUGUCGGGCUAGGGAAGAUACUCACGCAAAAGAGCCCGUUUGUGUCUUUCCCAGGAAUCAGCGAAGGGUUUUGAUAUCGAAUUUGAAGCCUUGCACGGAAUACUCCUUCAGGAUUGUCUCCUACACGGAUUCCAGCGACUUGGGACAUUCCGAGGCUAAAUGCUUUACAAAGAGCGUCGAGAUAAUUCACAGAAAUUUGAGCUCGAUAGCUGGAAAUCAUGGGAAGGAUAGCCUAGAUACUGGAAGUGGAAAGGAAGACGACCACGAGGCUACAACGAGAAUUGAGUCGGAUUCUGGGUUUAAGGUUCGAGAUCUUGGGAAGAUCUUAAGACUGGCGUGGGCUCAACAGCAAGGCUGUUUAGAUGGGUUCUGUGGAGUAGAAAUACGAAAGUGCUGUGAAGCGUGUAAUAUAGUCAAACCCGAGAGUGUACAACAAGACCACCAUAAACCCUCUGCAUCUCGCCAGCUCGACUUAAACGUGGCUUCAGUUCCCGAUUUGAACGAAGAGUUAAUCCUUCCCAUCGAUUCCUCUCGAGACGAAGAUAACGACGAGUGCACUCUGAGGCAAACGGUCGAGGCAGACGAUGCCGUCUCCCACGACAAUCUAUGCAACAAUGGAAGCGGUGACUCCCAAAACUGGAUCCAUCCACAGACCGGAGAAGCAACAGCCGUCGACUCUAAGGUGGCAGCGUCUCGAAAGAGAGCCGCUAGCAACUACGCUGACCCACACGACUCCGACAGCACUCUCAUGAACGGAUCGCCUAUCCAACUCCACAACGCUUCGGGGUGCUUGGAUGACACCUUCGAAUACUGUGUGAAGAUCAUUCGCUGGCUCGAAUGCGAGGGCCACAUCAACAAGGACUUCAGAUUACAACUGCUCACCUGGUUUAGCCUGAGAUCAACGGAACAGGAACGCAGGGUGGUUAGUACGUUUAUACAAACACUAAUUGACGAUCCAAGUAGCUUAGCCGGACAACUGGUUGAUUCGUUUUCUGACAUCGUAUCUUCUAAGAGGCCUCGCAAUGGGUUUUGCAGUAUGCUUUGGCAUUAAGGUUGGAGAAACAGCUACUUAAUUUAACCCUGAUUUUGAUCAUAUCAUCUCAGAUUGAUUCCAUUGCUCAUUCUCUGUACAGGCAAACAUUUAAUUUUUUGUCAAGUUGCUAGUUGAAGUAAUUCAUUGGUAUAGUGGACAAGCCUGUGCCUGUCCAGCUAAAAAACAUUCUGGGUAUUUGUGUAGGCAGAUCUUCUAUGACUUCCUCACUGAGGGAAAAGAGUUCAGAUUCAAGAAAAAACUUACAUUGUAGAAAACAAUUUUUCUUGUUUUUAGAGGCAGCAUUUAUUGGCUCAGCCAAAACUAAUAUUACUUUGUGCAUUUGGCAAGACAAUACUUGAAUUUAUGUUAUAAAUCUUUGGAAGUCUUAUGUUUA